AUGGCUGGCUCCGGGAUCUCAGCUCUGACUCUCCUUCUGCUCCUGCAUGGUGCAGUGGAUGGGAAUGGAAUCCAGGGUUUCUUCUACCCAUGGAGUUGUGAGGGUGAUGUGUGGGACCGGGAGAGCUGUGGGGGGCAGGCUGCUAUGGAGAACCCCAACCUCUGCCUACGUCUCCGCUGCUGCUACCGGGACGGCAUCUGCUACCACCAGCGGCCAGAUGAGACCAUGCGUCGGAAGCACAUGUGGGCACUGGGCUGGACGUGCGGUGGACUGCUGCUCCUCAUCUCCACCAUCUGCUUGUUCUGGUGGGCCAAGCGCCGGGACAUUCUGCACCUGCCCAGCUUCCUGAAGGCUCAGUGCAACUUGUCCAGAACAGUCUCACUACUGUCUAAAGACAAGGUGCCCUCGGUGACCGAGAAGAAGACCCCGUCCGUGGGCAGCGUGCUCAUGUCUCAGCCCCAGGACAGUCUACUGGACAUGUCCGGGGCAACUGAGGGUGAAGGGGAGGGAGAAGAGGGCGAGGAUGAGGAGGAAGAUUAG